UUCCUUCCUGCUUCCUGGUUCUCAGGCGCACAAGCACGUGUAGUCUUGCCAUGGUGUUCUUCUGGAGCUGCUGAAACCUCAAGACUUUAUUAUUAUUUUUCUCUCUUUAGAGUCAGAUCCCUGGCUUAGCUAGUAACCUUGUGACAGAUCUUUCUGCACUGUGUCUUCUUUACUCUGAGACUAUGAACGCUACAAUGAAAUACAUUCUGGUCACGGGAGGUGUGAUCUCAGGGAUUGGGAAAGGCAUCAUCGCCAGCAGUGUCGGGACUAUCCUCAAGUCCUGCGGCCUUCAUGUCACGGCCAUUAAAAUUGACCCCUACAUCAACAUUGACGCUGGGACCUUCUCUCCCUAUGAGCAUGGUGAAGUGUUCGUGUUGGAUGAUGGAGGAGAGGUGGACUUGGAUCUGGGGAACUACGAGCGCUUCUUGGACAUCCGUCUCACCAGAGACAACAACCUCACCACCGGCAAGAUCUACCAGUCGGUCAUUAAUAAAGAACGACGAGGAGACUAUCUGGGCAAGACCGUGCAGGUGGUGCCACAUAUAACCGAUGCCAUUCAGGAGUGGGUGAUGAAGCAAGCCAAGAUCCCUGUGGAUGAUGACGGCAUGGAGCCUCAAGUGUGUGUUAUCGAGUUGGGUGGUACUGUCGGAGACAUCGAGAGCAUGCCUUUCAUCGAGGCGUUCAGACAGUUCCAGUUUAAAGUGAAGAAGGAAAAUUUCUGUAACAUCCAUGUCAGUCUUGUUCCUCAGCCUAGUGCUACAGGUGAGCAGAAGACCAAACCCACGCAGAACAGCGUGAGAGAGCUGAGAGGGCUCGGCCUUUCUCCAGACCUGAUCAUGUGCCGCUGUUGCACUCCGCUUGAUAACGCGGUGAAGGAGAAGAUCUCCAUGUUCUGUCAUGUGGAGCCCGAACAGGUAAUAUGCGUCCAUGAUGUGUCGUCCAUCUACCGAGUGCCACUGCUGCUGGAGGAACAGGGUGUAGUAAACUACUUUUGCCGCAGGCUCGAUCUACCCAUCGAGGGCAGGCCCAGGAAGAUGCUCGCUAAAUGGAAAGAGAUGUCAGACAGGUCAGACAGACUGUUGGAGCAUUGUUCCAUUGCGCUGGUUGGAAAGUACACAAAGUUCUCUGACUCGUAUGCUUCGGUUAUCAAAGCCCUGGAGCACUCAGCCCUCGCCAUCAGCCAUAAACUAGAGGUUAAAUAUAUCGAUUCUGCAGAUUUGGAGCCUGCUACUCUGCACGAAGAGCCUGUGAAAUACCAUGAAGCUUGGCAGAAGCUGUGCAGUGCAGAUGGUAUUUUGGUACCGGGAGGUUUUGGAGUCAGAGGGACUGAAGGCAAGAUUCAGGCCAUCGGCUGGGCCCGCAAACAGAAGAAACCCUUUUUAGGUGUGUGUUUGGGAAUGCAGCUUGCAGUUUGUGAAUUCGCCCGGAAUAUGCUGGGCUGGGCAGAUGCUAACUCCACUGAGUUUGACCCCGAAACAGCACACCCUGUGGUGAUCGAUAUGCCUGAGCACAAUCCCGGACAAAUGGGUGGCACAAUGAGGCUAGGAAAGCGACGGACCAUUUUCAAGAACAAGACUAGCACAUUGAGAAAGCUUUAUGGAGAUGCAGACUAUGUCGAUGAAAGGCACAGACAUCGUUUUGAAGUCAAUCCAGAGCUGAAACAGCACUUUGAGGAGAAGGGUUUCCACUUUGUGGGGCAAGACGUGGAGGGAGAGAGGAUGGAGGUUAUAGAGCUGGAUGAUCAUCCGUAUUUCGUGGGUGUGCAGUACCAUCCUGAGUUCACAUCCCGGCCAAUAAAGCCCUCCCCGCCGUACUUCGGUCUGCUGCUGGCCGCAGCUGGAAAACUGCAGAGCUACCUACAGAGAGGUUGCCGGCUCUCGCCACGGGACAUGUAUAGCGAUCGCAGUGGCAGCAGUUCUCCAGAUUCAGAGAUAGCAGAGUUCAAACUGCCCUCCAUCACCCAGGACUGAUCGAAUCAAUAAACUGACUGCAGUAUUUUCCAAAGGAAGAAACGCACCCAACAAUUGGCUCUGAUUUUUAAUAGCCUGUUUUAUUGAAAGUUUAUUGGAGAAGGUGUACAUUUUUCAUUUUUUUCAUCAAGCAUCUGCUGGUUACUGCAAAAGCAUGUUUUAUUUUCAGCUGCACAAGUGUAAUACUAUCUUAUUGUCUAAACAAGUGAAUUCAGGUUUGUUGUAUUUUGACUGUGUCCUGUGCAGCUUUAACUUGUAUUAAGAAACGGUAGUAGGCAAAAAUGUGUAACGGUCAACUGCAUAAUUUAUACAUUUAUCCAUGUUUGUUUAAAAAUUUAUUUUAUCGUUAUAAUAAAACCCAGGAGAAGAGA